AUGAGAAAGAAACAAGAGUACAAGUUGUUGGCCCAUUCAUGCACACACACACACAUACAACCCACCCCCCCAAGUCGCAGCGCCGUUAAACCAAGAAAACCAAAAAAAAAACCAAAGCCGCUACCAGAAUCUAAUCCACAUUUCCACCCCUUCUAUCUCUCUCACACACACGCACCUCCCAAAACAAACAAGUAA